AAACCUGCUUCAUUCCGCUGGUCAACUCCAACAGGACAACAUGUUGGCUUUCCUCGUCCUCGCUGUACUCAGCCUGGCCGUGCCGUCUUACGGUCUAGAUGACAGUGGCUGCGCGGCACUUGGAGGCACCUGCACGGACUACCGUUAUACCACCUGUAAGGCCGGUUACGUUACCAACAAGUGCGCAGGUGACACCUACAGACGCUGCUGUCUCAACUGUGACGCCACUUGCCAGGCAUUGGAAUCCAGCUAUGCGACCUAUGACAGCUCCUGCGCGGCAUCAGGUGGGACGUGUAAGGUGACGUCCAACUACUGUUCCGGGUCCUACGUCAGCGGCAAGUGUGGAGGGCCUUCGGAUAGGAAGUGCUGCGUGCCAUCUUCCGGUGGCGGUGGCUCCAACAGCAUAGGGCUGAGCUACAGCUCCUGUGCUGGCGUGAACAUGGUCCUUCGGGAUGGCUGGGGAGCCAGGCCACCCAAAUACACCAACGCCAUGCACACCCCUGUUAGCCAGGUGUUUAUUCACCACACCACUGGCUCCGCCUGCUAUGACCAGGACAGGUGUUCCAGCCUGAUUCGCUCGCACCAGAAUUAUCACAUGGACAGCAAUGGCUGGGCUGAUAUCGGGUAUAACUUCCUGAUCGGUGAAGAUGGCCGUGUGUACGAGGGGCGCGGUUUUGACCGGCAGGGCGGCCACACUCAGGGCUACAACAGCGUGUCCAUAGCUGUCAGCUUUGUGGGCGACUACACCAGCCGGCUGCCCAACCAGGCAGCACUCAACGCUGCCAAGGCUAUCAUUGAUUGCGGCGUGCAGCUGGGUAAGGUGACGUCAGGCUACCGUCUGAAAGGCCAUCGUGAUGUCGGCAGCACUGCCUGCCCGGGCGACACUCUGUAUAGCCACAUUCGUACCUGGUCGCACUACAGCUAAGAACCAAGCAGAGGUAAGGGUUUAUUGAGUUUUUUUUUUAUUCCAACAUGUAAUCACCAGACGUGGUGGCGACACACAAGUUUUUUCAACUUAU